CGCAACGACGAUGCGACGAAGUGGAAGCGAGGUGCUCACGCGCAAUGACCCGGAGCUGCACUCCCUCGCGCGAGCGGCGGGCGUCGAGGCCUCGCCGGAGAUGCUCGACAUCCUCAUCGACCUCGUGCAACAUGUCUCGCCUCAAGGCGUUGUUGCGUUCCUCCGCGGCUCAAAGUAUGCCAAGGAUGCCCAGCGCCGGGUGCAGCUACAGCCGGAGCUGGGGUGACGAGGCGCGUUAUGAUGCACGCCGGUUGCGGCCGCCUCGGAAUGCUGAUUCGGCACACCUCGCAGCACGAAGGAUCACGCGCAGAACUUCGUGCUGCGGACAAAGAGAGCAUCGGUCGAGCCGGUCCUCGCCCACACACAGCCUGCAAUUCCCUCCCCUGCCUUGCCCAAAUCCAGCGCUACGUGUAAAGAGUAAAGCCCGCUCGAGCCCUGCGCGCUGCUAGAGCGGUUUACGCGUGCAAUAAAGAAUUAUAAGAAACUCUGUA